UCCCGUGAUUCUACUCGUGAGCUUGGGCGUAAUAAUCAAUUGUUGUGGUUGUGCAAAACAUGUCACGAGUUUCGCAUUGGCACAAAUUCACUUCUCACAAAUCGGCUAUCAAGAGCGAUUUGCUUGCUGAGAUCCUCGCUCUCGCUGAUAAGCUAACACCCAUAUUAGCUAAUCCGUCUGUUUCUCACGCAUCGCGAACGCACACGUCCACUAAUGCAUCGUCACUCAACGCCACUAAUACCAGAACGACUAAAACAGCAUCCACUCGCCGUACAUUUACCAACUCAAUGGAGCUCACUGCAGAUAUCCAACAAGCAGCGAACGAUACCAACACUGUGGAAGUUUCUGAUAGCUGCAACCACUACACUCAUCGUACUAAGGUGACUAGUGAUAUUAGUGCUGGGCACUGCCGAACAAAUACAAAAUCAUCUUCUGAUCCUGUUUUGAACCACGAUACCACGAACACUGGCAUAACAGAAAAACGCGGGAAUCAAUCACUAUCCCAGAUGACCGAGAUCCUAGAGGCUAUCCAACCGGAGUUUCCUCCCACACCCCCUCAGUUAUCACCGGGGGUGGGGCUUCAAUCACAGAACAAUCUCAGCAACACGAAUCGCUCACCACAGAUCAGCCCGUUUGCCAAACGGAAAGCUCACAAUUAA